UCCGGGGCUCUAUGCUGAGGGAACUCUAUGGUGGGGAUUUCUAGGCGAGGCCUUCGCGGGGACUCUAUGGUCGCAGCCCGCCCACCGCGAGCGUCCCGCGCGGGCCCGCCGUGUUUACGAUGCCGCCGGCGCCGGUUUCCUGAGGCGGGGACGGGCGCGGCGGCGGCGGCUCCUCUCCCCACGCGCGGCCACCGGCGGGGCCCGGCGGGACUCUGAGUUGAUUAUGGAAGAGGUGCACAAGAGCAGCAGUAACAGUUCAGUGUCGCCUUCACAAACAUCAGCUGUACAAGGUACAACACUACAGGCAGCUCAGCUCUCUCAUAUUGCUCAACAGAUGUCUCUAAGAGGUCCUGCGCCCCUGACAGUUGUUCAGCUUCCUGGAGAGCAAGUCCAGGUCCAGGGAGUCAUUCAAACAGCUCAGUCCUCUUCUGUAAUCCACUCACCUCAGGUGCAAACAGUGCAGGUAUCUUCUUUGUCUGAGAGUGAAGAUUCUCAGGAUUCAUCAGAUAGCAUAGGCUCUUCACAGAAAGCUCGAGGCAUCUUAGCUCGUCGUCCCUCUUACCGGAAAAUUUUGAAGGAUCUUUCUUCUGAAGAUACACGUGACAGAAAAGGAGAUGAGGAGAGUCCUGGUGUCUCUACUGUUACAUCUAUGUCCGUUCCCACACCCAUCUACCAGACAAGCACUGGACAGUACAUUGCCAUUGCUGCCAAUGGCUUGCAGCUGGCCAGCCCAGGCGCCGAUGGUGUGCAGGGUCUGCAGACACUGACGAUGGCCAAUGCUGGUGGUGCUCAGCCUGGAACAACGAUACUGCAGUACGCACAGACAUCAGAUGGUCAACAGAUCCUUGUACCCAGCAACCAGGUGGUAGUGCAGACUGCCUCAGGAGACAUGCAGACCUACCAGAUCCGCACCACCCCAACCACCACCUCCCUUCCCCAGACUGUGGUGAUGACAUCUCCUGUCACUCUGACAUCACAGACAAGUAAGACGGAUGAUCCACAGUUGAAACGAGAGAUACGGCUGAUGAAGAACAGAGAAGCUGCUCGAGAAUGCCGUAGAAAGAAGAAAGAGUAUGUUAAAUGCCUGGAAAAUCGAGUUGCGGUCCUGGAAAACCAGAACAAAACUCUAAUUGAAGAGUUAAAAACUUUGAAAGAUCUUUACUGUCAUAAAAGCGUGUAAGAAAAGAAGGUAAAACUUUGGACUGUUUAAAUUUCAGAGGAGAAUUUUUUUUUAUACUGAAUUUUUUAAACUAGAUGAAAGGUCAAAAAAUGAAACUUUUCUACCUAGAUUUCACAACUUAAAGACUCUAUAGAUUUUAUUUACAACAUGUUGGUGACAAAGUACAAAAAAAGGAAACAAGAAAACCUCACCAAAAUUCCUGCUGGCACAACUGGAAACUUUCUAAAGUCAAGAUUGCAUCAACAGUAAAGGACAGUCAGGUUUUACAAGGCAGGUGAUUAGAAUUUCUUCACAUACCUCUUGUAACAGAGGCAAUAUUUGGUUACAGUUAAAACGUGGAUGACGUGGAAUCCUUGCCAUAGUUGACAUUCUUAGUAACAUUUGUAACCAGUAUAUGUUUUGAUUUCUUACUCUUUUUUUUUUUUUUCAAUUCUUACUUUUUCUUUCAGUUCUUUGUAUGUAAAUAUUUUGGGUUUAACCUGUAAGUUGUUCUUUACAGGUGCAGAUGCUAAAAAGAAGCUCAUACUUUGCCAGACGUAUAAAUUAUGUUUACUCUUUCUCAGCUGACAGUUUAAAAAGUUGGGGUUUUUCUUUUCAACGUUUGCUGUGUUUAUCAAAUUUGGGAAGGAUCUGCAGAAAGCGGCGAGAGGCCGAGUCCUGACAGUGUCUGAGGCGCAUGAACUAAGGGGUUGGCUUUCCUAAGAGAAUUCAACACGUCCAGUUAUUUUCUAGUACAGUGUGGUAGAACGAGUACUGGUGAAGAAAAGCUUCUGAAGAAUGAUUUCGCAACAGGUUGCUCUUAGUUGCUGGGCAUGAGAAACAUCUAGAAUUGAGAAACAAACCGUGUGCUGCCUGUAAAUACAACAGAACACGCGUUGCUUCUUCUGUCUGGAGGCUCUACUGUGCUUUGGAACAUUGAAACCAAAUAGAAGAAGAAUGCUAAAACACAAAAAUGGAAGAUAUAUACCAAAGGGUUACUGAGGUUCUAAUAUAUGGUUUAUAUGCUGAAAGUAGUGCAACAUUUCCAGACUGAUUUUGUAAGGUAGGUGAUAUUUUGCAAAGUAAUGGUAUCUUUGUAAGCAAAUACUCUAUUGAAAACAGGUAGAUGGUUGGUAUAUUUUGUAGCUAAAUUAGGAUCUUUACAAAUUCUGAAAUUGAGUUUAUAUACGUAUUUUGACAGUUUCUAUAUUUCAUUUUAGUAAACAAAUGAAAUAUUUUGUGAAGAAGCAGAUUUUCAAGCAUAUAUUUUUAUGGAUAGUACGAAAUCAAAUGAGAUCCUCUUUGGUGUAGGAGAUAUUUGAAUUAAUUUUGUAUGUCUGUAGGCAACUUGCAAAAAAAAAAACCAUGGAUCCUAGAGAAUAUUGGGAAAAAAAGAGAAAAAAAGAGAUCAGGGCUUGUAUUCCCACAGCUGCUGAUAUCUGCACAUUCGAUCUGGUCGCUAUCAGAGAUUCUAGUUUGUCUGAUUUUAAUCUGUUUCAGGUGGCAGUUAAAUGUUUGACAUGAUCAGGAGUCUUUUGGGUGUGGAAUCUCCAUUCUUGGAGAUACCCAAAAGCCGCCUGGACGAGGUCCUGGGCCGCCGGCUCGAGCGGGGGGUGGGAGCCAGUGACCUCCCGAGGUGCUGUCCCACCUCCACCCUCCUGUGAUCCUGUGAAAUAGAAACAUGUGUAUGCAGUGCUUAUUGCAUGAAUAAUAACUACACUAUUUUCCAUAGUUAGGAUUGAAUCCUGCUUCCAGUUAUGUCAGUGGGAAUUGCACUAUGGACUAUGCUAUUCAAAAGGUGUUAGAGCUCCGUGUGUGUGUGUUGUGCUGGCUCCGAGCUGAAUGAAAUCAAGAGGUCUACUCACUCCCCAGCUGUCUACUGCUUCUCAUACGGUCAGUCAGUAUGUUUUAUUUUACUCAUCUUUGAAUUAAUGGACUUCUUAGCAAGCAGAGCUCUUUGCAGGUGGUAUGAGGAAGACAGCAUUCCACAAUCAUGGUGUUAGUGAGCUAUAAAAAUACCUUUUCCUCUGAAGUUUGUAACCAUAGGAUUGUUACGGACGUUUCCUUUAGGCCAAACUGGAGAAUCCAUUUCUGUUUGCGAUCAUGUCAAAAGAGAGCGCUUUCCUUGCACAUCAGAAAUAGUGAGCAGGGUGGAAAUGUUUGUAGGCAACUGCUCCAAAGGAGGUGUUCGGUGCCUCCUGGUUCUGUUCGUGGGAUUUCAGGAAGAAUGAAGCCAUGAAACGUGCUUGGCACCUCCGGGAAUUGGACCUUCUCGCUCUGUCCCCCAUCAGGUCUUUGUGCGCUACUUGGCGUAUGUUGAAGAGGGUUUGACCUACAGUACUGCAACUAAUUUGGGAACUCCUCUGUAUGGGUUGUGAUCCUCACUGUGUGCUGUUGUUCCUUUACCUUCUUUUGUAAUACAGAAUAACAAGAAUAAUUAAAAAAAAAGUUAUCAAGUGUUAAGACUGUAACAAAAUGGUGGCCCAUUCUUUCUGUAUUCAGCAAGUAAAACAUGUCGUGCUGCCAGACAUCAUGUUAGUACAUUUUUAUCCUCUUCAAGUAAGUGUUUUGGAAAGAGCAGCUUAUUUUUCAUCAUCGAAAUAUUAAACAGUAACAUGAGUUUGCUCUUCGAGUCGUCACUUAUCACGAAGUACUUACGUUGGAUUUACUUCACAAUCUAGAUUGUAAGAGAGUAAAAUCUGUAUCCUGAGAGUAAGAGAGAUAGAACCUACUACCGUUCUGCUGGUUAUUUCCAAACAGAAGUACAUUACAUGCUUUAUAUGAAUUGUAAAUACUUGUUGAAACAAUUAGAUGGUUGCAAAUUUUGACCUUGAUAAAUAAAGUCGCCAAAAUCUA